AUGCCUCAAUCAGUCGCAGCCCAAUAUGCGAGUGUCGCUUGUUUCUUUGUUCUCCGUAUUGCCUCAUCAUUCUUGCGCUGUGGGAGUGUUGCUGAUUACUACUCUAGCUUCUGCCACACCGCGCAAGCACUACAAGCGAGAUGGAUCAAAAACAAAUUUGAAUAUGAUCGUAAAGCGCAAACCCCUUUUUUCGCAGCGCCCUUAAGUUCCUCUUACCUACCGCCGUCCAGUGGUGGAUUUGGCAAACCGUCGUCGACCUACGGUGCUCCGAGACCGUCCAGCAGCUAUGGUCCACCGAAAUCGAGUUACGGACCUCCCAAGCCGAGCUACGGACCUCCCAAACAAACCUACGGACCUCCCAAACAAACGUACGGCCCACCGUCUUCGAGCUACGGGCCACCGUCACGUCCUUCUUCCUCGUAUGGACCUCCUAAACCAACUUAUGGCGCUCCGGCGAGGCCCCCGGCUACAAGUUACGGAGUUCCAACUGGGCCAUCCUCAAUAUACGGGGCCCCUAAGCCCUCGAGUACCUAUGGAGCACCUUCUUCGAGCUUCUCAGGCUCGUCGGGAUCUUUCUCUGGGUCGUCAUUAGGAGUUCCGUCAAGUUCUUAUGGUGCACCUUCUAGCUCUUAUGGCGCUCCCGCCCCUCCCUCCUCGUCUUACGGUACCCCUACUGAUUCCUAUGGGGCCCCGGCACCGUCUUCUUCUUAUGGUGCCCCUUCAAGUGGAUUUGGUUCGAGCGGUUCCGGCCACAGCGGCAGCUUUAGUUCCGGCCACGGAAGCAGUGACUUCAGCAGUUCCAGUUUCGGAAGCAGCGGCUUUGGAUCGAGCGGGUCCGGCGGUUUAUCAUCUAGUUACGGUGCGCCUGCCCCGUCGAACAGCUAUGGAACACCAUCCUCUUCCUACGGGGCCCCAUCGACGUCCUACGGAACUCCGUCCAGUUCUUACGGAACCCCGUCGAGUAGUUACGGUACUCCAAGCGGCGGCCACGGAUCCGGGGGUUUAUCUGGUAUAUCUGGUGGAUCUAGCUAUUCUUCCGGUGGUUCGGGUGGCCACUCCUCGGGUAGCUCCGGAGGCUACUCAUCUGGAGGUCACGGAUCCGGCGGAUACCCGAGCGGCGUUCCCGCUACCAUCAACCAAAGUUACGACUCCAACGGCGGCUACGUGUACUAA